AUGUCGCAGCUCAUGGCUGAUUGGAAGAAGAGUUACGACUUGGAAAUGGAUCCCCAGCUCGAGCCGGCGGACACUCUCAGAGGCCGAGUCUUCCGUGAGUUCAAGCGAAAGUCUAUGACCGUUCUUGAGAUGCGUAAAGUGAAGACUGUGGUCUCGGCAUGCGUUCCAUCUACCACGGAGGUGGCUAUGCUCUCAGACAGCCUGGCCUUGCAAUUGAAGCGCGAGCAGAUUUCCCCGAUCAAGGACGUUGUGCAGUACUACUGGCGGUUGCGUACUUUGUGCUACUGCUGGGCUUUCUGUGGUAAUUGGAUGAUGGUUGAUCAUGAUGGUGUCUCCCGCAAGAUGAUGACUCUCACUGAUGCUCUUGCUUACGCAGACAACGCAUUGCGCGAAGCCAUGACCUAUGGCGCAGGAAGCCUCUCAUGGUUGGAGCGUGUGGACACGCUCACAAGGGGCCGUAUGGCCUCUCUUGUACGGCGAGGCUGGUCUGCCAGUCAGGCCCUCAAGGAAGCCCGGAGAGAGUCAUAUCUUGAUUGGCGUCCGCCGGCAUCAUCCGACCCCCAGGGCGAGGCUGGCCCUGCAAGACGCCGUCCCGAUGGAGUACCGGAACCUCCUGCCAAGGUUGCUCGGCCCCUAGUGCGCACAGUGAGCAUGCUGAAGGGUGUCAAGAAGUUGCGCAAGCCCUGGAACGAUGACAGGGGCUGCUCGGGCAACUGUGGCAAUGCUCAUCUUUGUGAUGUUCGUUUGGAGUCAGGCGAGGGCUCCCCUGCGCCUCCUGGGGAGCCUCCUCGCUCCGUGACUUUGGAGGCUGUGGCUAGUACAUCGGCGUCGGCCCCGAGCACACCUGUGACCAACUGUGCCCCCGCCUUGGAGGAUGUGGAUCGAGUGGCCCUUGACCUUCUUGCAAAGGAGGAUUUCUCGGAGCAGGCAUGCCUCCAAAUUCUGCGCGGUUGUUUUGCCAAGCCUACGUCGAAUCGUCGGCUUGCUGUACUAGGUCAAGCGGGGCUUGUUAACUACCACAUCCUGGGCUUCUUUGCUUCCCGCACAGGCAUCGGGCUUACGGAUGGUACAAAGCAUUUCCCCGCUGUGUGCAAGUACAUCAAUGUUUGGCUCAGGCAGUUCUUCCCCCAGGACUCUUGGUGCAGCAUUGCUGUUAGCUUUAACUUGCUCACAAAGGUGCAUGCGGACAUGUCGAAUGACCUGGCCAUCCCGAACAAGUGCAUCGCUUUGGGCCCUCAUAAAGGUGGUCGUUUGUGGCUUGAAGACCCCCGGGGCAAAGUCGAGUACCGUGAUUCAGGUGGACAGAUCCAUUUGGGUCGCCAGGUGGACAUUCGCAUGAAGCCAUGUACGUUCCAACCUCGGCAAUUACACGGCAGUAUCCUGGAUCCUUUCCAAGGUGAGCGGUGGGUCCUCGUUGCCUAUGUCCCCGAGGCCUUUCGCCGGAGUGAGCCCGCAAUCCAUUGUCAGUUGCGUGAUCUGUUGUUCCCAGUGUCGGACCUCGGCCUGUGUCGCAUGGUGCAGUUCUCAAAAGCCGGUGAAGAAAGAUCCGAAGUCCGCACGGUCCAGAUGGAGGGGGCCUCGGAUGUCAGGGCUCCUGAUACCUUAGACCACAGGGACCGUCGUAGCCUGUCGGAGUUGCUCGUGGCGGCGAGGCCGGUCGUCUGGCGUGGAGCUGGUGAUCUUCUUCAGGUUCCAUGGGCUAAAGGUCCCCCGGGCCGUUGGCUGAUACUUGACCUCUUUGCGGGAUAUUCGGGUCUGUGCAUUGCCGCCUUGUCGGCAGGCCUGCACUUUUGGGCUCUCACCGCCGAGACAGAUGAGGGGGCCCGCAAGGUAGCGUCAGCUGUUAUGCCCAGCAUUGUUCAUGUCUCGGAUGUUGUCGAUGUGGAGGUUGAUGCCCUGCUUCCAUUCAUUCGCCGUCGUCGACCUCGAGGCAUAAUCAUUGGUGCAGGCACCCCGUGUCAGCCCCACAGUGUCCUCAAUCGACGGAGACGAGGCAUGGAUGAUCCACGUGCCAGGGCCCCGGAACAAGUUCGUGAUCUUGCUGCCGCUCUUCGUGGCCAUCCAGAAUGUGAUCGACUGGAGGUGCUGGUCCUUCUUGAGAAUGUGGCUUCUAUGGAUGCCGUUGCCUGUGCUCAGUACUCCGAGUGGAUGUCGUCGCAACCUGUGGUCAUUCAGGCUGCCGAUUGUGGCUGGACGGCCAGGCACCGCAUCUACUGGCUGAGUGGACGCACCCGAACCUUGAGCCCGACAACCUGUCAGGCGCCAUCCGAUUGGACUUGGGCCUCGGACGAUCGUGGCCGGGCCCAGCUUAAGUACUGUGGCCAGAAACCAGUUCCUAGUCGGGUGCACUUCGAAGGUGGGUUUCAGCUCCUUCAAGAUCCAGCCAUGGUUAUGAAAGGGGAGGCAGAGCCUGUGUUCACUUUUACCCGGGAGUUCUUUCAUCCUGACGACAACACACAAGGUGUUCCUGCUCAAGCUGUGCGGCGAUUUCGGCAAGACUCUCAGCGAUUUCCUCCAGCAGCCUACAACGAAACAUCAUUGGUUUGGCGAGGUGAUGAGUGGAGGCAGUUGUCUCCCUCUGAGAGAUCCCAGAUGCUUGGAGUCCCGCCUUCUGCUACUGCAGCCGUGACUGGUAACCAGGAUGAAAGAUGCCGCGUUCGCAACAGCCUCCUGGGGAAUGGGUUCCAUUUGCCUUCCAUCCUUGUGCUGAUUUCGGUGCUGGCCCAGCUGUGUGAUGCCAAGAUUUCCUUCAUGCCCGACCCGCAGCAGGAAGCUUUAAGGGCUCGCACUGCUAAUACCGUCUGGGGGGGUGACUGGCUCUACAACGCUCCAGGCCUGCUCUCGGUUGACGAUGUCGUGCAUGACAUGGAGAUGCAGUUCGAGCCAUUGUCUGUGCCCCCACUGGUUUGGCAGGAGUGUCGAACGUCUCUCUCGCAUUGUGACAUCGUGCUGCCCCAAGCCUUCUCUUGUUUUCAGCGCAGUCGUGGGAAAGAUUGGGAUCAAUGCCCCCCGCGACCCAUCUUGGCCAGGGACCGCACGCAGAUCUUUGCAUCCAACUCCGGCCAGAGAUACUCUUCCGAGGAGUCGCGAGGGUUGGAUUUUCUUCUCCCGCCAGGUUUGGGCAAGUAUGGCCAUGUGUUGGCGUCCGCCCAGCUCCAGAUUGCUUACCACUGCUUGCUGCUCGCCAACGCCAUUGUCUUAAAUGCAUCUCACGUGCUCGUACUCCGCUUCGUCAAUGGUUGUGUGGGGCACGAUGCGACAGUGCUCUGCGCCAUAUCUUUUGUGCACGGCUUCGCCAUUGUCGGAGAAAUCCCUCGCACAGAUAUCUUCCGCGAGAUUGUGCCCAAGGAGGCUGAGGACAUUCAAGCUUGGCUCGGUGAUGAUGCUGCGCAUCGCGUUGAUGAGAUCAUGUCUAAGGGACCGCCUCGAUUCUCCGAUGAAAUUUGGGCUGUGACUCAACAGGAAAUCGACAAGGGCUUUUGUUCCCAGCCGCUGACGCGCUCCCACGUCGACAAGCUCUUCGGUCGUGGAGGCUGGAGGCCUUUAGAACGGUUCCUCAUCAUUCAACCUGAUGGAAAGCAGAGGGUGAUAGAUAAUGCGAAGCGCACGGGCCAUAACGAUCAUGUCCAAAUGUUGGAGACGAUCUUCACGGUCUCCGUCGAUUUUAUAGCCUGUGCUAUCCGUGAUGUCCUCAACCUCAUUUCGGUCGAUGGCGACUGCUUACCUCCACAGGUGGAUGAUUGGCUUGAUGUUCGCGUCGGCACUGACGAUCUGCCGGAUGCUUACAGGGGCCACCCUGUCCUUCAGAGCCAGCUCAAGUUCUCCAUCGUUGCCGUCUAUGUGCCAACUGCCGGUUGGAGGUUUAUUAUUCUGUGGGGCUUGGCCUACGGAUUGGAGGCCGCGGUAGUGGCGUUCAAUAGGUUCUCCACUUUUGGUGUUUCCAUUGCUCGGAGGUGUGCUAGCUCCAUGGCGGCGGCCUACUUCGACGAUGAGCUGUCGGUUGAGUUCGUGCACGGCUCCUGCAUUUCCCAGACGGGGUUAAAACUGGUGUUUAAACUCCUGGGGGCACCUCCUCAACCGGUUAAAAGCUUCCCUCCAGCAGCUGAUCGUCAUUACUUGGGAGCCUCUGUCCAUGUCGGCGAUGUGUUUGCCCACCGUGAGAUCUGCGUUCAACCCAAAUUCUUGACGGUGCAGAAAGUGCUUUCUAAGAUUGAUCAGAUCAUAAAUGUCGGCCGCCUUGAUCGUGAUGGCGCUGGAAAACUUCGCGGUGAUCUCAUGUGGCUGUUCUCCUCCUGCUCAGGUUUCGCUGGCAAGUAUGCCGGGCCUCUUCUUGCGCGAUAUCAACAUGGCGACGAUCCCUCUUUGGACGACGAGGCCCAGCUGGUGCUGUCCUCGCUGAAGGAUCUCGUGCUUGCCGCUGGCCCGCGCAAGAUAUCUGUGCUGGGCAAUCCACCGAGCCCGCUUUGCAUCUAUACUGAUGCUUCGUUUGAGAACGGUGAACUUCGACUCGGAUGGAUUAUCCUUCGUGAUCGGGUUUGCUUAGCCGCGGGUACAAGUGUUGUGCCCCCAAGCGUCCUUGACGCUUGGAAGCCGCGUACUCAGCAGAUCUUUCCAGGUGAGGCGCUGUGUGUUUUGGUGGUCCCAGCGCUCCAUCCGCAGCUCCUUUUUCAGGAAGAUGCUGUUUGGUUUGUUGAUAACCAGGCUGCGCUUGUUGCCGCUAUCAAGGGGGGAUGUCGUGAGACUGACGUCCACGCGAUCGCGUAUGCAGCUGCUACUUUGAGGACUAGGCUCUCCUUCCGAUGCUGGUUUGAAUGGGUGGAUUCUGACUCAAACCCAUCUGAUGGGCUCUCUCGAGUGGGCCUUCAAUGCGAGUUCAUUGCAUCUCAGGGCUGGUCUGCUGAGGAGUUUGUUCUUCCAGCUCUCUUUGCCAAUCCUGCUGACGUUUUGAGCUCGAUGGCUUCUCGCUUGAAUGCUGAAACAGUGGGUGAUUGA